AUGUCUCAAGAGUCAGGUCAGAGGUCUGAGAACGCAAUUGCUGAAGUAGUGACUAAGAUUAAUAAAUCUGAGCUUCAGAAGGAAAAGGCAGCCUUAAAGGUCAAGAUAGCCUUCACUAAGCAAGAAAUGGAACUGAAAUUGGCAAAGGCACUUCAGGAACAAAAGCUGGAGAAAUUUGAACUGUUGAGAGAACUUGAACUUAACAAAGCUAAGCUAAAUGUCUGUGAAGAGACUGAAAGAACAAAAAUACCUUCACUUGAUGAAGACUCAGAUACCCUCCCAUCUGAGAGUCAAAGAACUUCUCCCAAUAGUGGAUUGGAGGGAAUGGCAACUUCAUUAGAAAGAUGUAGGGAAAGGUUGGCUAAGGUUAAUGUUCAGCAAAGUACAGUGAUUAAACAGUUAUUUGUGUCUGGUCAGCUUCCAAAGAUUACCAUACCCAUAUUCAGUAGUGAUCCUCUCCAAUACCCAGUUUGGACAAGUGCCUUCAAUGCCCUUGUUGACUCCAGGCUAAUGGAAGCAGACAUCAAGUUGAAUAUGUUGAAUCAGUUUGUAACAGGAAAGCGAAAACAAGUGAUGGAGCAUUAUCUUCUGAUAGGUACAGAAGAUGCUUACCAGAAAGCCAAGUCCAUACUACAAGAAAGGUAUGGGAACUUUAAUGUUGUGAGUACAGCACUUAUUAGCAAACUGGAGAAAUGGCCUAAGAUAAGGCCCAAGGAUGCUGUUUCCCUGAGAGAGCUCUCAGGUUUCUUGGACAAGAUCUUGGCAGGAAAAGAAACCAAACGCCAGGUCUUUCAGUGUUAG